UGCACAACCAGGAACUCACUGUAAACAUUGGGGAAUAUUUGCUGAUAUUCGCGUCUUAUAUUUUAUUCACCCUGGAUUAACGCUGGAGGAAGCUGUUGCCUUACUUGAACUGUAUUUAGUUAUUAUGAUCAUCUCCUUCUCUUGGGCACUGUAUUUCUUGUUCGUGUCCAAGCCAGUGAUGGGGAAAAUUUAUUGAAUAAACGCUUCCUGACUGACGUCUCUGUGUCAUUAGGCAAAAUGGAUUUCUCCAAGUUCCUGGCGGAUGACUUCGACGUGAAGGACUGGGUGAAUGGGGCUUUCAAAGUGGCCCAGAAGGAUGCCCCAGGAAAGGCAGACGCACAUGCCGCUACACUGGUGAUGAAACUGCAGCUCUUCAUCCAAGAAGUGAACAAUUCUAUCGAAGAAAGUAGUAUUCAGGCUGUCCAGAACAUGCCACGUGUGUUACGUGAUGUGGAGGCUCUGAAACAGGAGGCUUCAUUUUUGAAGGAGCAGAUGGUUCUGGUCAAGGAGGACAUCAAGAAGUUUGAACAAGAUACAGUGCAAUCUAUGCAGGUCCUAGUGGAAAUUGACCAGGUCAAGUCUCGGAUUCAGCUUGCAGCAGAGGCCUUGCAAGAAGCGGACAAAUGGAGCACGCACAGUGCAGACAUUGAAGAAACAUUCAAGACUCAGGACGUGGCUCUGAUCUCUAGCAAACUUGCAGCGAUGCAGGGCAGCCUGACUAUGCUGGUUGACACGCCUGACUACAGUGACAAGUGUGUCCAGUUGGAGGCUCUGAAGAAUCGUCUGGAAGCACUGGCCAGCACUCAAAUUGUGGCCACCUUCAACUCCCAGUCCAUAGACCAAGCCAAACUUUUUGUCAAAGUCUUCAGUGAGAUGGACAGAAUGCCACAGUUGUUAGCAUAUUAUUACAAGUGUCAUAAGGUGCAGUUGCUGUCGGUGUGGGAGACUCUGUGUCAGAGUGAAGCUUCUCUGAAGCAGCAGCUCUCAGAGUUCUAUGAUACACUGCUGUCUACAUGGCACUCUCAGCUGCAGUGGAGCAGUCAGGUAUUCAAGAAUCCAUAUGAGGUUGUGACAGUGCUGAUGAUCCAGACUCUCAGUGCUAUGGUGCCCUCUAUCCCAGAGUGCAUAGCAGUGGAGUUAAAGCGUUGCCCAGGAGAGGAUCGCCUAGACAUGCUGUUAGAGCUCCACCAAACUGCAGCCAACUUCAGCCGUAGCCUGGAGACAGCCAUGCUGCCUCAUCUGGCCGACUGUAACCUGUUGAAAGUGGGUGAGCUGGUUUCCUGUGUGUAUGCGCCAUACAAAGACUACCAGCUACAGUACGGAGAACUGGAAGAGACCAAUCUUCUCAUUCAGCUCAGCGCUGUGCCACUGGAGAGAGGUGAGGUGCUGGACUGUGUUCUGGAGCUCACACACUCCGUGCAGAAAGUGUUUGGCUUGGCUGCGGCGGCCUCGGACCGCUGUGUGAAGCUCACUGACGGCCUGGGCGUGUGUGGUCUCAUUCGGGCCCUGCGAGCGCUUUUCAGCAAGUAUGUGUCUGAUUUCUCAGUCACUCUGCAGUCAAUCCGGAAGAAGUACAAGCUGGAGGACGCGGCCGCCUCCGAAGUAUUCAGUGAAGACUGGACAGCCUUCCAGAACUCUGUCAGAAUCAUUGCCACAUGUGGAGAACUGCUGAGGCAGUGUGGAGCCUUUGAACAGCAACUUUCCAAUAAAAUCCUGGCGAGGGCCGGGCACUUCCUGUUUGAGGGCUACAGCCCGCGCAGCCUCACCGGCCUGCAGGAGGGCGUGUACGAAAGGAGGGGGCAGAAGAACCCCUGGCAGGAGUACAACUACCUCCAGCAGGGUAACAUGGCCGAGUACAACAACCUGCUGGAGACUCUCUACUCUCUCAAGGAGAAAGGCACCGGCAACUCAAGUCUGCUGGCUGAGACACGUGCAUCUCUCACACGCUUGAACCAGCAGGCUAAUCAACUGGCCUUCGAUUCUGUCUUCGUACAAAUCAAACAGCAGCUCUGCCUCACUAACAAACCAGAGGGUAAAGGUAUGAGCGGUUUGGGGGAAUCUCUCUCUGACGACCUCCCAACCUUUAGUCUGUCUCCACAAGAAUACAUCACCAAUAUUGGCCAGUACAUUAUGUCCCUGCCACUACAUCUGGAGCCAUUUGUGACACAAGAGGACCCUGCCCUAGAGCUAGCACUGCACACAGGGAAACUACCCUAUCCACCUGAGCAGGGUGAUGACGUCCCAGAGUUGGAGAACACUGCUGAUUACUGGCUGGGCUCCAUCGCCAGGGCAACCAUGCAGACUUACUGUGAUGUCAUUCUUCAAAUUCAGGAGCUCACUCCACACACGACCAAACAGCUGGCCACAGACAUUGAUUACCUUAGCAAUGUGAUGGAUGCCUUGGGCCUGCAAACUUCUAGAAAUCUCCAGAACAUCGUUGCUCUUCUACGAGCCAAGCCAGACGAGUUCCGUCAGACAGCCAAACCGCUGCCCCGCCGGCUGACCUCCACCAUCGCCGCCAUGAGGGGCAUCGAGUGACUGAGCAGUCAGAGGGACUAUCGGGCAGCGAUGCAGGUGUCAUGGGAGGAAUGGUACACAGACCAGAUGGAUGUCGCUCUCUCUCUCUCUCUCUCUCUUCCCAGUCCUGUCACUCGGAAAUGCGUCCCUGUGUCAAACGUCUGCUGAACACUACAGAAAACUCUCCUAGCAUGGCGCCAUACUUCUCUCGCCUGCUGUUCCCAGUCUGUGAUGAUCAUGUCUAACUAGAUGUCUCUUCAUUUGUUUCAUGACGCUUUUUUGUAUUACUAAAUAUGCGGUUUAAAAGAUCUAACUCUGUUGGUGGGGAAAAAAAUGGAAUUUUAACCUUCUUUUGCUUGUAUGUUUAAAAACAAAUAAAUUUGUCCUCUUUCCUGA